AUGUUGGGCAGACUAUUUAAACAGAACACAACUGGCAACACCCAAAACUCCCACCAUUCACAUCACCACCACCAUCACAGUCACCAUCCUCAGUUGGGAAACACAGCCAACCCUUUAAACCCCCAAAUUCCCGAUUCGACCCUCCUAUCACCUUCGGCAAAUUACGAAGAUUCCUAUUCACGAGAAAUUUUGUAUGGAACCCAUAAUGCCAACCAAUUAAAGCCAUACCAAUUUAAUAAUAAACUAUUCAGAAUCAUAAUAUCCCAAGAUGGAGGUAACCUCCGGUCGAAACAAGUACUAUAUGAUUCAGCAGUUGAACCACAAUCACCAACAGCAUCCACACCUACACAACCAACCACCAUGUCCUCCUCAUGUUCAAAUGCAACUUUGGUAUCAACUACAAAAUCAAAACCUUUAAAUACCAGGAAUAUCACCACCUCCAAAGUUCACCAUAAUGUAUCUGAUUUAAAUGACUAUAUGUUUGGAUGCGGAUUACCCUCAAACGAAACCCACUGUAAUACAAAGAUUCAUGUUUUGCCUCAAAUUAACAAUUCAGCCUCCGCUCCUUACAAUGCAGUCUUGAUAACGCGGUUAUUUUCCAUCAGUGAUUUGGAAGUCUCAGAAUGGUCCCCUUUGUCGUCAUUAUCUUCGCAAAAUAAUAAUUGGAUACCGACACCGGCUUUACCAAUAAAAGAAUCAAAUAUAAAGAAAUAUCCAUUCAAGAAUGGCAAGGACAAUAGUACUUCAAAGACAAAUAAUUUUAUUAAUAGUAGGUUUUCUAUUGGGUUAGUGGUACCAUUGGAAUCAGUCAACAGUAUCACUGAUGUAAUUUUCAAUAAUUGGCAUGAAAUAUCGCACUAUUUGAUUAUACUACAGAAAUUGGUAUACCGGAAACUAAUGAUACAUCUUAAUCUGGGAUUUAACUAUGACAAUGAGAGCAAUAUUACUGGCUGUCAAUUUUUGGUUAAUAAGCGAAUCCAAUUCCCAAAUUACAUUUUACAUGGUGACUUUGAUAUCAAUUCCCAAUUGUACAAACUCAUCAAGUCAAUUCAUUACAACUUUAAUAUUCCCAAAUUAAUAAAUUCCAAUUAUUUAAUGAAAACAUCAGUUUUGAAUGAGUCUCACCAAUAUAAUCCAAUGUUGAUUAACUGGGUAUUGGAGAUUCUCAACUGGUUAGAAUUUAAAGAAGGUAAACCAACCACACCAAACUACAAUUACAAUUCAUCGUUUCUUCAUCUGAAUUCAUUAUUGGAAUAUGGGUUACAAUCCUCCACCCAAAAUGUCAACACAAACACCUUCCUUGCUAGUUUGUUGGCCUUGUUGAUUCCCUACCGGAAACUGUUGAGUAUCAAGCCGUACUACAAUGUAGCCAGAAAUGUUCGUGAAGUUACAAGGGUUGUUGUAAUGACUGAAAACCCAGUUGUGGCAAAGAAAUUAGUGUUCAUAUUGAAUGGAAUGAUACCCAACAAUCAAAGGAUUGAAGAAGUUCCUCGUUGCACCCAGAUGUAUGAUAGUACUUUUGAAGAAGAAGAGGUAAAAUCCGACAAAGAUCAAACAUUUUCUGUUUCUACAUCACCAGAAAAGUCAUUAUCUCCUAUAAUGACCAGCACCACCCAUGGAAUUUUACCAAUUCCUAUAAAGCAGACUAGUACAAGUGGAAUCAACAACGUUUUUUCUGGAUCAGGAGACUCAUCAUCGGAUAAUUCAUUGUCUGUGAAGUGGGAAAUACCAAACAAAUCCACUGCAUCCAUUCCAACCACCAACACGAGUAGGGUUGAGACCACAGCGGUGGGAAUACCAAUCGUUACAACCAGCAGCACAAAUUCCACUAUUGCACACCCACAUUCGGUUCAUUCCAAGUCAUCGAUAUCUUAUUUAUCUUCAUCCUUGAACUCAUCCUAUUCGUCAUCACAGUCUCUUUAUUCAUUGUCAAAGCUAGGAGGUUCAUUCAUGGACAAGUGGAAGAAUUCCUUUGGAAGUGCGAAUUCACAUAGUAAUCCCUUGACUCCAACUCAUGCUCCUAGUAAUGCACAAGGAUAUUUUGAAACUGGCGACCAACAAUAUGGAAGUUUAUCAAAGAGAAAUUCCAUCCAAUCACUUAGAACACCUUCGCCAGCGUUAGAAAUUGACGAGUUCAACUGGAACCAACAUUCAAAGCCAAUAAAUAUUAACACUGGCGUUCUUUCAAGUAACUUGACCCACGUUAUUGGUUCACAUAAGUUGUCAAGGACACAAUCCAUGUAUGACUUGUAUAAUAUGAACAACUUGAUGAAUGUCAUGAGUGAAGAAACUGACUCUCUCGACUCGUUGAGUGAAUCAAAUCAAGAAUCGACAGCUACUUUGCCACCAACUACAGCACCAAUGUCGCCAACACCAGUGACUUCCACCCCAGCUCCUGCUACAAAUACAUUGGAGAUUAAGCGGUCAAAGACUAGUGUAUUCACGCCAUUGAUAAAUGACAAUUUGAUCAAGAAUGUUGAUGAACAUAACAAGAGUACCAUUAGACUGAAGUGUCGCUCAAUUAUGUUGAUGAGUAAAUACCGGGUCAAAAAAGCGACCGAUGAUGAAGGAACAUUGGAGAUUGACAAUAUUAAUUAUGACAACAACGAAAAUGAUGAAGAUGUAGUGUUUAAACAUAAAGCGUUGUUAUCUUCGGUUGCCUUUUCUGAUGAAUUCCGACCAGAGUUUAGUGUUCAAUCUUGUCCUAUCAACCCAAAAUUAGAACAACAAGUUAUGAAUGCCAUGAAGAAUGAUUUAUUAUUUUAUCAAAACAAUUGCAAUUACGAUGCCAUAACCACAAGAACAAUAUUCAUUAGCUUGCGAGCACGUGAGAUCAAGUUGAUUGAAAUGAAUCUCCAGAACCCGCCUUCUACAACCUUGUCCUCAGGCGGUGACAGUGCCAUGACUGGAUCCUCACCAGUGGCUUCUUACAUCAGUGAACAAAGCAAUAAAGCCAAUGCUAGUAGGAGAAAUUCAUCUACUAGUAACAGUUACAGAACGAGAAUUAAGAAGGUGUACACGCCAACUAAGAACUUGGGAAACCGCGAGUUGAUUAAUAAAAUUGAACAAGUGUUGGAUGAAAUGAAUCAGUUGUUUACUAUACAAUUGCAAUUAUUUCAAGACAAAAAGAACAAAUCCAGUGGGAUUGACUUUCACAAUAGGUUAUCGAAAUUGGUUUUGAGCUUGUUGGAAUGA